UAGGCCUUAUAAGAUCGACAUACAAAUGGUAUCUAUACGGCGACCAGCAUCGCAUGAUAGAUUCUGAUUCCAAAAAUGGCGAUAAAUUGGGUUCGUUGGCUACUCGCAACCUGUGUCUGCGCCUCUCUUUGGUCCGUGGCGCUUGCCAGGUACAAAUACCGCAAUCAGCAGCCCCCGAUAUACAAGAAAUCGUGGCCGACGGGACCGAGGAUAUCGAUGGGCAAUUCGGUUCACAUGAACGCCGGACCUCCCGGCUACAAACCGAACUACAACCGUCCGAUUUAUAAGCCAACGAAUUACAGAUACCCUCCGCCAAAUCCAGUGCGGAGGCCGGCAAUGUUCGGAGCACCACCAUCUUGGAAAUCGCAGUCAAUGAUGGGUCCGCUUUCGAAUCAAGGCUCGCUGCCUCAGCGAGGACCAGUGAAGGAGUUCCACUCGAUGAACAAGGUGACCGAGUACAGUCCGGAGUACAGACCAGACCAGGCGAUGUCACCGCCGUCGCAUCACGCGGCCCAAACGGACGACGAUAAGGGUCCGAUCCACACGAUUCCGGCCCCGAAUCUGGGCCCCGCAGACAAGCCGUUCAACCUGCAAUCGCAGGGUGAUUACCCGCAGUCUCCGAGCCAGGACUAUAUGCCGUCAAUGUCUCCUGCAGGCAGCCCCCAGGCCAACGUCUUCGGCGCCUCUCCGCAGAUGCAGAGGGUCACUGUAGCAGGUUCGACGAGUCCCUCACCGAUUAUCCACCGCUACGAGGUGACAGAGACGAACGAGAUCGGGCACCAGGAUUUCAGGACCUCAGCCCAGCCGGGGGCCUUCCUGACCCCAGAUUUCGACGUCGGUAGACUGACAGCCGGUGGUGGAUCGGCCCAAAACGGCGACGUUUUUGCCGCUGUGCCUUCCAACACCGCCCUCGUCGGUUUCGGCCAGUCGAACGGGGCCAUGCAGACGAACCUGCACAGUUCUCUCCACGUCGGUUUUCCAGGACAAGGAGUCGCGCCGCAAUCGACUGACCAGCAGCGGAGCCCCGAACUCCACGUCGGGCACCCGGCACCGGCGGAUCCACCGCUCUCUGCGAACCAGCUUUACGAUCUGCUGAACAGUUUUCCUCAGCAGCUUGGUGACCAGUACUCGGCCACCCAGCAGCAGCAGCAGCAGCAGCAGCAGCUUGAUCAGCUAUUUCCGGUUCAGUUCUCCCAGCCGCAGAUGCACUCCUUCAACUACGACGAACAGGCCAACAAGCUGCUCCUGCAACAACAGCAACAACAGCAGCAACAACAAUUACAACAACUUCAACAACAGCACCAAAAUAUAUUCGUUGAUCGGGAUUACGGCAGCGGUCGAGUCACCGCUGAUUACAGCUUGGAACCCGAUGCUCGCGACACGGGUUUGACCAGGGUGGCGGAGAACUCGGAGAACAGCGUUCUGGAUACGGGCUACGAAGAUGUGAAACAGCCCCAGCAGCAACAGCAACAGCAACAGCAACAGCAUCAAGGCGCUCAGUCGACCUACUUUGCGCAGGUUGGUGGACCGGAGGACGGAAGUCUUUCGACUCAGUUCUACACAACCCUGCCAAGUAGAGAGGCAGCAGAGAAGUUGGCGGCCCUGGCCGCAGCUGGGAACGUGAACAGCCAUCUUCUGGGUCAGUUGAGAAAGCAACAGGGUUCUUCUUCGCUUCUUCCCCCAAAUCACAAGGAGGAAAAUUACGAGGUCCGAGAUCCCGGGGAGGACGAAGAGUCCAGGUACCAAGAGAUUAGGUACAUUCAACAGCAGCAGCAGCGGCAUCGGGAUGGCCAGAGGGACGACGAGGCCCAAGGCGACGAUGACGAUGAUCGACAGAACUCGGAGGACAAGAGACCGCUGAGGAUAAUGGUGCCGGACCUGGAAGACUAUGGAGAAGAUGAAGCUGGACAAAGAAAUUUUAGGAACGGUGAAGCGGAAUCGAACAAGGGAGCGACGAUCAGGGAGGAGUACGAGUACGAGGAUAAUCAGGAGGAGGAACAGCGAACCGGAAACAUAGGGGAACAGGAGGGAUACGGUCAGAAUCAAGACUCGGAAUUCGGAUCACGUAUCGCAACGGCAAAGAACCAAUAAUCAAGUAAGAGUAAAGACUUGAGGAGUUUUUGCUCAACCUUUUUUACGGCUCCUACCGAGGAACAGUAACGUCUGUGGUUGUUUUUUUCACAUGUUUUGUCGACUUUGGAUUUUUUCGAAAAGAGAAAAAAAGAGAACGGAACAACGAAUUUUUCAUAAAUGAAACGACGAUUUCUUACUUGCGACAAUUAG